UCGGGGCCGGGCCGGAAGGGAGACCUCACCGCCUACUUCCCUCCGCCACGGCAGCACAAGCUCAGCGAUGGCGGCUCCAGCAGGCAGCGGUCUAGGCGAGGACGCCCGGCGGGACCAGGAGACAGCCCAGUGGCUGCGCUGGGACAAGAAUUCCUUAACUUUGGAGGCAGUGAAACGACUAAUAGCAGAAGGUAAUAAAGAAGAACUACGAAAAUGUUUUGGGGCCCGAAUGGAGUUUGGGACAGCUGGCCUUCGAGCUGCUAUGGGACCUGGAAUUUCUCGUAUGAAUGACUUGACCAUCAUCCAGACUACACAGGGAUUUUGCAGAUACCUGGAAAAACAGUUCAGUGACUUAAAGCAGAAAGGCAUCGUGAUCAGCUUUGACGCCCGAGCUCAUCCAUCCAGUGGGGGUAGCAGCAGAAGGUUUGCCCGACUUGCUGCAACCACUUUUAUCAGUCAGGGGAUUCCUGUGUACCUCUUUUCUGAUAUAACGCCAACCCCCUUUGUGCCCUUCACAGUAUCGCGUUUGAAACUUUGUGCUGGAAUCAUGAUAACUGCAUCUCACAAUCCAAAGCAGGAUAAUGGUUAUAAGGUCUAUUGGGAUAAUGGAGCUCAGAUCAUUUCUCCUCAUGAUAAAGGGAUUUCUCAAGCUAUUGAAGAAAAUCUAGAACCGUGGCCUCAAGCUUGGGACGAUUCUUUAAUUGAUAGCAGUCCACUUCUUCACAAUCCGAGUGCUUCCAUCAAUAAUGACUACUUCGAAGACCUUAAAAAGUACUGUUUCCACAGGAGCGUGAACAGGGAGACGAAGGUGAAGUUUGUGCACACCUCUGUCCAUGGGGUGGGUCAUAACUUUGUGCAGUCGGCUUUCAAGGCUUUUGACCUUGUUCCUCCUGAGGCUGUUCCUGAACAGAAAGAUCCGGAUCCUGAGUUUCCAACAGUGAAAUACCCGAAUCCCGAAGAGGGGAAAGGUGUCUUGACUUUGUCUUUUGCUUUGGCUGACAAAACCAAGGCCAGAAUUGUUUUAGCUAAUGACCCGGAUGCUGAUAGACUUGCUGUGGCAGAAAAGCAAGACAGUGGUGAAUGGAGGGUGUUUUCAGGCAAUGAGUUGGGGGCCCUGCUGGGCUGGUGGCUUUUUACAUCUUGGAAAGAGAAGAACCAGGAUCGCAGUGCUCUCAAAGACACGUACAUGUUGUCCAGCACCGUCUCCUCCAAAAUCUUGCGGGCCAUUGCCUUAAAGGAAGGUUUUCAUUUUGAGGAAACAUUAACUGGCUUUAAGUGGAUGGGAAACAGAGCCAAACAGCUAAUAGACCAGGGGAAAACUGUCUUAUUUGCAUUUGAAGAAGCUAUUGGAUACAUGUGCUGCCCUUUUGUUCUGGACAAAGAUGGAGUCAGUGCCGCUGUCAUAAGUGCAGAGUUGGCUAGCUUUCUAGCAACCAAGAAUUUGUCUUUGUCUCAGCAACUAAAGGCCAUUUAUGUGGAGUAUGGCUACCAUAUUACUAAAGCUUCCUAUUUUAUCUGCCAUGAUCAAGACACCAUUAAGAAAUUAUUUGAAAACCUCAGAAACUACGACGGAAAAAAUAAUUAUCCAAAAGCUUGUGGCAAAUUUGAAAUUUCUGCCAUUAGGGACCUUACAACUGGCUAUGAUGAUAGCCAACCUGAUAAAAAAGCUGUUCUUCCCACUAGUAAAAGCAGCCAAAUGAUCACCUUCACCUUUGCUAAUGGAGGCGUGGCCACCAUGCGCACCAGUGGGACAGAGCCCAAAAUCAAGUACUAUGCAGAGCUGUGUGCCCCACCUGGAAACAGUGAUCCUGAGCAGCUGAAGAAGGAACUGAAUGAACUGGUCAGUGCUAUUGAAGAACAUUUUUUCCAGCCACAGAAGUACAAUCUGCAGCCAAAAGCAGACUAAAAUAGUCCAGCCUUGGGUACACUUGCAUUUACCUACAAUUAAGCUGGGUUUAAAUUGUUAAGCAAUAUUUUUAAGGGCCAAAUGAUUCAAAAUAUCACAGGUAUUUAUGUGUUUUACAGAGACCUACAUUCCUCAUUGUUUCAUGUUUGACCCUUAAGGUGAAAAAAGAAAAAUGGCCAAACCUAACAAACUAACAUUCCUACUAAAAAGUUGAGCUUCGACAUACUUUGAAUUUUUAUAAGUGAAGAUUUUUAAACUAACUUAAAAAAAUAGAUUGUAAUUGAUGUGCCUUAAUUUGCAUAAAUCAUAAAGGUAUGUCCUCUCUGUAAUUGUUUUAAUGUGUGCUUGAAAUAUCCAGAAAACCUAUGGAGUUAGUAAAUUCUGGGCUGGCUUAUGUAGGAUAGCCACUUUUUAGGUAUAUGUACAUUUAUAUUUCUAUUAAUUCCUUAUAAAGUAAAAUAAAUGAAUAGAUCAAA